AUGGCGCGGUUAAACGACGAUAGUCAACACGACACAUCAACAGACAUACUAAGCCCGCAACCAUUCGCACCGCAAGGCAAAGGCUUCCUCGUUUCGUCGCUCGAAUCAAACCACAGCAAUUCCCAAAUGUCCCACCACGACUAUGAAUACCACUCCUCCUCAUCCUCAACCCGCCACUCAACAAGCGACGUCUUCGGCCACGAGAUGGACGACGAGCUAGAACAUCUCAAGUCCAGAACCUCGAGUCGCUCAUCGCUCUCUUCCAUCCCAGCUUCUGUUCUUAUCCACCCAGUUGAUCGCAUGAAGCAAAUGAAACAGAUGCCCGACAUGGAUAUCCACGAGAAAAUCGCCGGCUACAACAUGGAAGAGUCCGAGGCUAGCUUCGGUGAUUUCAACGAAGUGCCCGCUAAUAUUCGCACUAUCCGACAGCGCGAAGCGGCAUUCCGGAAGCCGAGCUCGGUUAGAGCUUUACAGAUGCACACCGAAGACGAGGCUGACGAGGACGACUACUUGACGCCGCCGCGCCGAAGGGCAGGUCUACGUUCGCCAGGCUCCUCCCCAUUAAAGCGCUCGCCCUAUUACUCACCUAAUGGAUCACAAACCAAGCCAAAAGCCAAGAAAGAGCGAGAGCGCGAGAAGGAUAAAGAGAAAGAGAAAGAGAAAGAGAAAGAAUUCCCACUAGUCCUACUACACUGCACGCUUCUCCCACCAUCAAUCCCUGUACCAGGGGCCACAGACCCUCGGAACCAAGACAUUGUCGAGGAAACCCUACCAUCGGAAUACUGGAAACGCUGGCGCCGCCUGCAAGACAGAGUAGGAUCAGGCGUUCUCCGCGAUAGAGGCGUCCUGAUCUCGCACCCAGAAGAUCUAUACGACAUGCUCGAAGAACGACUCCUUGAAAGCCUCGAACUGCAACGCCCGCGCCUUCAAAACGGUCAUUUCCUCGGCCGCGAAGAAAACGACACAGCCUCCGAAGGCGAAAUGUCCGAUAUAGGCGAAAGCGAAACAGACGGCGAGCAGGGCGAUGCCUGUCCAGACUGCGGCAGCCACGUCCGUCACGGGGAUAGUAAUCGUAAAUGGGAGAUUCGCGUCUUUGCCGCGAAUGGACUUAUGCGCGCCGGUGCUUGGGCUGCUGCUUGGCGUGACAUGGAGAAGGUUGAUGUUGAAGUCGGGCUCUGGUUACCGUCUGAUGUUAGGCGUGCGCUGGAACGGAGGUUGGGAGAGGAGUCUAUGGCUCUUACGCAUGCGCAUACGCCUCCGCAGUCGCAUUCGCAUAUGCAUGAUCGGUCUAUUUCGAUGUCUACGCCGCAGAUGGAAUCGCCUUCGCUGCUUGAUGCUGAUAAUCGGAUUAUUCCUGAGAUGAUGCAGUCGCCUAUGCCUGGGCAUCUUCGUUUGAUUUCGGACGCUGGGUCUUUCCAAUCUGAGGCUGUGCUUUCGAGGCAAGCUCUCCUUGAAGGCAGGAGGGAUUCUGUGCAGGAAUUUGGACUUCAGGACAGGAAGGCGGGUCAGCAGCAGGAUCAGCAGGGACAAGGACAGCAUCAGGUUGCCCUGAGAGUUCUACUCGUUAAUUACCUUCGUGUGCUUGCUGCUGACCGGCGCAAUGUUGCACUUGUCUUGCUGAGUGUUCUUGUUGCUUUCCUUGCCAUUGGUUCUGUCCAGCAGCAGCUCUCGCCGUCUGGUGACAUCCGGCCCCUGCCUCGGGAUUUGGGGUACGAUGUGUUGGAGCCUUCAGUCGCUUCUAGCUCCAGCGUCGCUGUGAUUCCGUCUGCCGCUGUGGCGAGUCCGGUCGAAGUGCACAGUACUCCGACCUCGAGCUCUGUUGCUUCAAUGCCGACCGCCGACUCUGCGCUUCCCGCUGAAGACUCGGAUGAAGAUGUUUCUUUGGAGUCUGAGCCUGCGGAGCCGGUAAUCCCUUCCACUGAAUUGGCUGCGCCCACGGCGUCUGCUGAGACUCUGGUAGAGCCCGAGGUUCUUGAGACACCUGAACCCCAGGCUGAAGAGUCUCUGGAAUCAUCUGACCCUUCUGUUGAUUCUGCUGGAGAUUCCGCUAUGUCUACCGAGGCCGCAGAGACGGCGACAGCUGUCGAAGUCCUUGAGACACCUGAGCCUAAAGUCGAAGACCCUGUGGAAGUAUCUGAUUCUCCCGUUAAUUCCGCUAGUUCCACCGGGUCCUCUGAGAUUGUCGACGACGCUCAGGUUGCCGAGACCGCUCAACCUGAAACAGAAGACGCGAAGGAAUCCCCUUCUCCGGCCGAUUCUGUUGGUCCCCCCGCCGCGUCCAUCGAACCCACCGAUCCCCCUCACUCCCAACCAGAGGAUGUGGAAGAAGAUGAUGAACUAGUUGACUCUAUCAAGUCUGCUACUGUAACCGAAGAGCCCGAGUCUGCGAUUGAACCCCCGACAUCGGAAAGCACCCACUCCCAGUCCGACACCGAUGCCCAAGAACUACCUUGA